AUGUUUCCGGGACCAGGCCCUAUGAGUCGCAAGCGAUGCCACGCAGAGAUUGUGGACCUAAGUAUCGAGUCCGCUGCCGGCAAUGACGACGCUACGAAUCGCAAGCGAUUCCGUUCAGACAUCGAGGAAGAUCCCGUCCGAGUUCUCAGGAACCUGACGAGCGCGCUGCAGAAGCUCUCAAUCGAAGAUGCGGAUGAACAACAGUCGCCACCACAGCAGAGUUAUCAUGGAGUUUAUGAUAACGUCCUAGCAUCGCUUGACUCGCAAAACAAAGACAAUAAAGAAAAGCCAACUCUGAUGACGCUGCCGCGCGAACUUCGUGAUAUGAUCUACGAGUUCGCACUCACGCAGCGAGUCGAAAUCAUUGUCUGGGAGCGUCAGACCCCCACCGCGUCUGGGGCCGCGUUAUUGUGUGUCUGCAAGCAAGUCUACGAAGAGGCACUCCCUGUCUACUGCCAGCGCUCGACAUUCUUCUCCCACAGUCACGGUGUCGUCUUGUGCUGGGUCAAGCGGUUGCGGCCUCAGGUCUGCAAGUGGAUGAGGGACAUUCGUUUUGAACACACCGUUCAAGAUCCAGCCGCAUCGAAAGCGAGGUGUGUCGAGUUCAUUGCUGUGAAGAAUGUCACCAUGAAGCGUGCUCGAGGCAGAAGGGUUCUCGGGAAGGACGUGCUCAAGACCUUCUACUACACCCCUGCUGGCGAGCGCAAGCCGACAUUCUUGACACUCCCGCGUGAGCUUCGAGACAUCAUCUACGACUACGCCUUCACCCAACAGGUAGAGCUCGAGAAAGAACUCAAACCCGCGACCUCGCGCAACGCUGCCCUGCUCUGCACCUGCCGCCAAGCCUACCGAGAGGGACUGAAGCCGUACUACCAAAACACCACAUUCAUCAGCUUUGACCAUCGAUCGUUUCUGACCUGGGUUCGGACUCUUCCCUCUCGCGUUCGCAGAUGGGUGAAAGACAUGCGCCGGGUGGACUUCAGCCAACACUACGCCGAGGCGAGAACCGCUUACACCAUGGUUGUCUUCCUCUGCCGACUGGUUCGCGACAUCUCUGGCGGAGACAUUGCCGAUGGGGUAUUCAAGACGUCGUUUGUUGGCAAGGAUGACACGUUUGCGUGGUACUCGCUUGACCAAAUCUCGGGCUCGAAGAGGGUGGAGGACGUGCCGGCUUUCAGGGACUUCUAUCAUCAUCAUAGAAGACUCUAG